AGCGAGAAAUACGUGCCGAAUGCCAAAACUUAGUUUAAGGAAAGAGUAAUUAGUAGAAUACAGACGACCGUCGCUUCUGUAGUCGAGGCAGCUUAACCCGUUACACUUCACGGUACACUGCACACGCCCCCCUACAAUUCCCAGCGGAGCCGUCAACAUCCAGCCAGCAUGCCGUACAGCAAAGCAUGGCGUAGCGCCAUGUACCCGGACUUCCGGGACGCCGGCGCCUACGUCGACUACAAGGCCACGAAGGAGAUCCUGCACCGCAUGAAGGAGAACAUCGCCAACCCGUCCACGCCGGACGAGCUAUACCACUCGCUGCUGGAGCAGAAGAAGCGGGUGUACCGGUGGUGUGAAGCAAAGCAGGCGGAGCUGCUGAGGGUUUCGCGGCGGCUCUACGAGUCCUCGGAGUACCUAGCCGAAGACGAGGCCGCCUCGAACCGCAGUCUCGGCACGGCAAGCCUCGCACGCGGGGCUGCCAAGUCCCUCCCGCCGCGCGAGGCCCGGCUGAUCGCCGACGCGAUCAUGCAGGAGCUGCUACGCUUUGUGGAGUGCCGCAACCUGAACACGGACACGAUGGACCACAUCAUCGGCCGCAUGUACCGCUACGCCGUGCUGGGCCCCACCGGUGACCGCUGGAAGAACAUCUACGUCGAGUACAACUACGACACAAUUUCAAUCGAGGAGGUGUUCUGCCACCUGUCGCGCGUCUACGACCGCGUGACGCAGACGGAGGAGCGCAUCUCGGCCAAGGGACGGGAGAGCAUCCGCGCCGGCGAUGUCGGCUCGCAGGUGUUUGACCGUCGCUCGGUGAAGUACUGGGUGCACCCGCAGGACCUGCCCUUUGUCAUUGCCCGCAUUAUUCAACAUCUGCCGCUCAGCACCUUCAAGGACACCUACAAGGACUGCAAGGACAAGGGCGUGCCGUUCCGCCUCUUCUCCCCCGUCAGCUCCGUGUACUACGACAACAGCAAAUUUCUCUUCUAUCACCGUCGGUUGGAGCGUAUCGAGGGCAGCACGCUCAUCCGCAUGCGGUGGUACUCCGACACGUACGCCGAGGACUGGAACGCCGUGGAGGAGAACGAGAAUGUGUUUAUGGAGAUCAAGGUCCACCACGAGGCCUGGAGCGGCGAGCGCAGCAACAAGCGCCGCUUCGCGAUAAAGGAGAAGGAGGUAGACGCCUUCGUGCACGCCCAGCUGAGUCUCCUGCCGGCCGUCGAGAAGCUGAAGCGUAAGAACGCGAGCGAGGCGGAGCAGGAGAAGUUCAAGUCGCUCGCGACGGAGAUUCUGUCGAAGAUACACGCCUACGACCUGAAGCCGGCGCUGCGGACACAGUGUGGCCGGGCGGCCUUCCAGCGCGGCGCGGAUCAGACGGUGCGGGUCAGCAUCGACACCGACCUGCGCGUGAGCGCCGAGGACUUUGGGCUCGACCACCACUGGCGCUACACCGGCGGCGAUUCGCCCGUCUCGCGCUUCCCCUAUGCGGUGGUGGAGAUCAAGCUGCAGUGCGCCGAGAACGAGCGCAUCGCGCCGUGGAUUGAGGAGUUGAUGGGCUGCCGCUACAUGGAGAGCAUCCCGAAGUUCAGCAAAUACGCCCACGGCAUUGCCUCGCUGUACGGGCACACCUCCUUCAUCAACAUGGUGCCCUACUGGAUGCACCAGCUCGAUAUCGACAUCCGCGCCUCGACGAAGCCGGAGACGCACCACUGGGAUCCGACGGUGGGGUUGGCCGCGGGCUGCCUGCAGCGUACGGGGGACCGCGUCAUCUUCGGCACAAACCCCGCCCAGACGCAGACGGUCGGUGCCUCGGAGGCGCAGUUCAUGCCGCGCACGGAUUACGCGAAGGUCUAUCAGCAGGUGCUGCAGAGUCUCUUGCACGACGAGGACGGCGGCAACAGCGCGAGUGUCAGCGCCACGCAGCCCGCCCUUGCCCCUGCCGAUGCACCCGCAGCGCGGAAUGGAGACGCCAACGGUGUCCCGGGGCACCUGAUUGCCGCCCCGGUCGUGCAGUACUCCGUUGACCGCCGCCACGCCGCCUACACCACCUUCCAUCUUUACCCCUACACGGAGACCGGCACGGAGUCGCUGUGCUACGACCCAAAGGAUACCCGCAACGCCGCGGCGACCGUCUUCUACGGCAAAAUCCCCUGGCAGACGGGCAAGCGCAUCAAGGUGCCGCAGAAGUACGACCCGAAGACGCUGCUGACGUCGGAGCGGUACAUGGUGAAGUGGAUGACGCUGGCCACGCAGCUCGGUCUGCUCGGCAUCGCCAGCAUCCGCUUCGGGAAGGGCCUGUUUCUGCCGCAAGACGUGGCGCACCACUCCCCUUUCUGGCAGGGUCAGUUCCACGUCGUGAUUGGCGUUUUCAUGGAGGUGCUGGCGCUGUUGACGCUGCUGUACGCGUACGUCGGCUUUAUGGCGCGCGCCCGCCGCGUAUACGCGCGCCGCAAGAUCCGCUUCGACGACGUUGUUGGGCCGACGUGGCUAACCUUCUCGAUUACGCUGAGCUUUGUGCUGAUUGUGAUGACGCACAUCGCACGUCGCUACGGGCCGAUGUUGACCGGCAGCGACUCCUUCUAA